AUGAGGGACUGGUUCUCCAUUGAUGACAUGAUGAAAGACCGCAAAGCUGUAUUGCAGGUUCCUCGCAUGACAAGUGAGGAAAACUCAUUUGUGGCAACGGUUGAGGAUGUACAGUGGCCUGCCAAAAUUUUACGACCACCCGUGCCGAUCAUCACAUUUAUUAUGA